GUUUUUGAAGAAAGAAGAUUCCAAGAAACAAAAUGCAAAAAAUAAAGUUGUGUGUGGUUGGAGGGGCCUAGUUUGUGAAUGUUUCCCCAAUCGCUUCACCAUUCCAUGACUCUCCAUAUAAACCCCAUCAUAGUUCCCCACUAUCAUCAACAGAAUCUCCCUUUACAUCACUUCUCAACUCAACACCAAAUUUCCAACUCCCAUCAACACACAGAUAAAACUCUUGCUUCUCCCUCUCACCAUGCUCUCUGUCUCUUUCAAAACAUAGAAGAAUGCACCACCCUUCGUCCUACAAUUUUGAUUCCUCUGUCUUUUAUGGAUAUGAUGCUCACUCCCCACUCUCACAAUUCCCACGUCACAUUCUUCACCACCACCUCCACCUUUCACCCUUCAUUUUGAUCAACAUAAAGACCCUCAUCCCUCUGCUCCUUCUAUUCGCUAUAUUUGACUAUGACCCUUUAGUUUAAAUUCUAUCAACAAUCUACACCUAACAGUCUUGCAAGUUCUACCUAUAUAUACUAUUAACUCACCAAAAAGUUUCCAUAAAGAAGGCCAUGGCUGGUGAGAAGCUGAAUGGGGGUUCAAGAAUGACGCUUCUACUCCAAAAAGAAAGGCUUCCAUGCUCCCCUGAGCAUAUCCAAACCUUUUGGGUUCAAAACUCUCAACCUUCUUUCCAAGGCUCAAAAUCCUUGGUUAAUGUUGUGAAUGUGAGGGAUAGACCCUUCUUCCGAGGGGUUGAGAGAGAAGAAAACGAUGAUGAUGAGGAUUUUGAGGUAUUCCCACAUCAACCCGGUAAGAAAAGGAGGCUCACAAGCGAACAAGUUCAGUUCCUUGAAAGUAACUUCGAGAUGGAAAACAAGCUUGAACCCGAAAGGAAAGUCCAACUUGCAAAGGAACUUGGCAUGCAACCAAGGCAAGUGGCCAUAUGGUUCCAAAACCGUAGGGCAAGGUUCAAGACCAAACAGCUAGAAAAUGACUAUGGCAUGCUGAAAGCUCGCUUUGACAUUCUCAAAAGGGACUAUGACAAUCUCGUUCAAGAGAAUGCCAAACUCAAGGAAGAGGUUUAUUCUCUGAAGAAGGUGAUUCCCAGAGAGAAAGAGAAACAGAAUUUGGAUGAUACCAGCUGUGAUGCUGUCAACUCAGGACAUAAAGAGCAGAAGGAUUUGAUCAUAAAUGGAGGUUCUGAAAAUGAAUCCAAAGUGGCACUUCCUGUUAUGGUAAUAAGCAAACAGAAAGAUGCUAAUUCAGCUAAAAGUGACGUGCUUGAUUCGGAGAGCCCACAUUUCACUGAUGGAAACCAAUCCUCAAUAUUUGAGCCUGCAGAUUCCUCUCAUGCUCUGGAACCAGACCACUCGGAUUUCUCACAGGAUGAGGAAGACAUCCUCAGCCAAAACAUGCCACUCCUACCAAAGUUUGAAGUUGAAUAUGUCUGCUAUGAUGAACCACCUGAAAAUCCUUUCACGUUCCGGUUCCCAGUUGAAGAUCAAACCUUCUGUUUUUGGUCUUGUUAAGCCCUCACUGCUACUACUACUACUACUAGGAGAAUCUUAAGGAGUGGACCAAUAAAGUGUUACAACGGCAUACCCAUUUGAUAUUGUUUACAAAAUCAAUGAAUAUGGUCACAUUGAAACUGUUGACAUCAAC